GCUGUAGAGAACAUUUCCUGCCAUCUCGUUAGUUGUGAUCAAGUUGACAGCACAGACUAGUAGUUUGAUUUGCCAAGAAGCAAAAGCACUGACCUGGGAAAUGAAGCAGGAAUACCAAGAUGUCAUUCUGCAGGCGUGUGGUGCCUCAUCUCUGCGUGUUGGUGCCAAGAUCCAGACCUUGUGGAGCGGUUACGGGGAGAUAGUCAGGCUGCACCUGGAGGGCUGCAACCGGCCCUCUGUGGUCGUCAAACACGUCAAGUUUCCGGAGGAGGCUGAGCACCCAGGUGGCCUGAACACAGAUCACUCCCAUAGGCGCAAAGUCAGAUCCUAUCAGGUGGAGACAUACUGGUACCAGAACUAUUCAACCAAUCCGAACUGCCGCAUCCCUGCCUGCCUGGCUGCCUGUUCCCAUGGUGAUGAGAUGCUGAUUGUGCUGGAGGAUCUGGAUGUGGCUGGAUAUGAUCAGAGGAGAACCAGCGUGAAGGAUACAGAGAUAAGGGCUUGCCUCAGCUGGCUUGCCCACUUCCAUGCUCUGUUCCUGGGUGUGGCACCAGAGGGGCUGUGGCCUGUCGGCACCUACUGGCACCUGGAGACCCGGCCGGAUGAGCUGGAGGCCAUGGACGAUGCAGAGCUUAAAGCAGCAGCCAGUGACAUUGACAGGAUACUCAAUGAAAGUCGCUUCAAGACCAUCGUUCAUGGGGACGCCAAGUUAGCCAACUUCUGUUUUUCACAGAGUGGACAGGAAGCGGCCGCUGUGGACUUUCAGUAUGUCGGUGGGAGCUGUGGGAUGAAAGAUGUGGUGUAUUUUUUAGGGAGCUGCAUGGCAGAAAAGGAGUGUGAAAGGAGGACACAAAGCUUACUUCAUUACUAUUUCUCAGAGCUAAAGCUAGCUGUGAAAAAAGAUGUGGACUUCGCUGUACUGGAGAAAGAGUGGAGGGAGAUGUUUGCCUUUGCCUGGACAGAUUACCAUCGGUUUCUGUUGGGAUGGAUGCCUGGAAGCUGGAAGAUCAAUCGGUACAGUAAACAGUUGACUAAGGAGGUUCUCCGCAAACUGAAACUGUAAACAGAACCAAAAACUUCAAACAUCAGACAAGAGAGAAAAGAAGAAAGUGUGUGACUUAGAGCAGUAAACUUGUAUAUGGAAAUAUAAAUCAUCUUCAAACACACCCCUUUUCAAUUCCUCCUUUUAACAGUGAAGAUCAUCAAACCAUUGAUGGAUGGAUAAAGGUUUUUGAAAUAUGGUUGCUUUACUGUAGAAAAACAUUUUUAAAUAUAGUUGAUUAGCUUACAAUAUGUCCAUGGUGAUGCUUUUAUGUGCCCUGAAAAUGACAUUGUUGAGAACUGAAUGAAAAAGGACGACUGGGGCGCAUCUAUAUCCUGAAAAACGUUCCCAGACUGUAACAAGAUUAACUGAGUCCUCUUAUGACAGAGAAAAUUACUUGGAGAUAUUCUCAAUCCCUUUAGUUUUAAAACAAUUUGUCAAACAAGUCAAGACAUUAAUUUAAGAAAACGGGAGAUUACCCAAAAUGCUUUACAAUCACAGCAAUAGAAUGAGCAAAACAAGUGUAGAUAAAAUAAAAUCUUACGUCUGGUGAUAACAUUUUUUUGCAAUCGAUUUUAAUUUUCUCUGGAAUUUUCACAACCUUCAGAAAAAAGUUACCUAAAGGUUUUCUAAAUGUUUCACGAAAAAUGAACUUUACCAAAUGUUUUUAGAGCAUUAACUAAGAGUUGCAAAAUAUUUGAUCAUAAUAAUAAUCAAGGUUCUGUAAAGGUUUUCAAAAAAGACCUUCAUAUAAUGUUUCUAGAAUAGAAUAGAAUAAACCUUCAGGGAUCCAAAGGUUCUCUAACCUUUACUUUUCUCAGGAGAACUUUGAGGAUUCUUUUUUCUUUAUAUAUUUUUUGCAUUUCCUUUAUAUACAUUCCAUGGAUUUCAGCCAUGUUUGCAAAACCAUGGUAAAUGAAAAUACAGCUUUGUUCCUUUAAAGAUGGUUUUAAUAAAUUUAUUAGACAAUUAAACAUUAUUAUUCCAACGAUACAAGACAGGAUCAGGAACAUUCCCUGAAGGUUCUCGAACAUGUAGGUUUCUCAAGGGAACCUUGAGAUUUCCCCUUUCCUGAAUUUUUCCUGUUGAAUUAGUUGUUAUAAUUGUAUUAUAGAUUAUUUCAAAUAAAACAACACAAACGCUUUGUUUUUAAUUUA